AUUUCUUGAGCCUCAUUGAAAUUCGAAACGUCUUGUACAUUUAUUACAUAGCUCAAAAAUUUAAAUACGAAUAAUGAAGUAACUAUACUUCGAGAAACAUAAAAGGUAAACCGUAUUUGAUGAACUCUCAAAUGACGAAGCAGAAAAUUAAAAAGAUAAUUAAAAUACUGGUGAAGAAAUAGCCGAUAAUUUGCACUUUCAUAAAGGAACAAUAUAAACAUUAUCGUACGGUUAUCGCAAGCGAAAUAUCCUGCCAAAUAGAUUAAAAUAAAGACGGAAAGGUAAAGGAUACGCGAAAUUGUUAGGUAACUCUUCAGUUUACAGCUGUGUCGAAGAAAAAUUCUUUCCUAAUUUAGUGAAUGUUCUCUUCCAACGAUUGUUUUAUUGCGAAGCGCAAAAGUAGCUGGACGUAUUCAUAAAUUACAUAAGAUAAUUAUAGAAAUAAAAUUGGAUACGAAUUUGAAGUGAUAAAUUCAGUAGCUGCAAAGACAGAAAAUACGAAUCCAAACUUCCAAUAAUUGUGGGAAAAAGAUGAAAAUUGCUCAAUUAAUGCCCAUUUAGAGGAGACCCGACGUAAAUAUGCCAGCUUCAAUAAUUGGUUCCAAUCGUAAUCAUGGACGCAAACUACUGACUGAUGAAUUUGCUGAAAUAUUCGAAUCACCCAAUUAAGCUCGGCGUUCAAACAACGCUAAACUAUUGAGGAUAUGAUUUCGCCGAAACACAUAUGCGUUGAACAGGCUGACCACUCAACAUUAACCCUUUUUUUAAUCGCUCAAAAAGAGACGGCUGUGAUUUCUUCUGGUGAAUAAGGAAAUAAAGUGAAAAUCGAUUUAAUGGGAGGAUUUGGAGAAGAUUCUAAAGUUGAUGAGAAAAUCGACGAGUUUGUGCAUGUGCUUCACGCCAUUAACGAGGGAGUGCAAGUGGAUAAUGAGCCGAAAUGGAGACACAAAUUUUGGCAGAUAUUCCCUUCUGUUUGUGCAUCCCUCUUAGCGAUACCUUUCGGUAUAAUGUUAGGAUGGCCAUCAACGGCUUACCCUUACUUGCUUCAAGAAGCUUCUGUGAUACCAAUCUCAUUGAGCCAAAGUGCCAUGAUAGCUGGAUUCUUCAUGCUUGGGAUAACGACAGCUACACCGUUUUCGUCUAAGUAUCACAUAGGGCCGAAAUAUGGAAUAUGGAUCGGUAUGGCGUUCUUCAUCCUCAGCUGGAUCUUGAUGUAUCAUUCGUCUAACGUCUUUUGGCUGCUGAGCAGCAGGUACACAGCAGGGCUUGGAGGUGGUUACGGUUUCGGCCAAGUCAAAGCUUACAUCAAAGAUAUGUGCGAACCAAAACUUAGCGCGGUUUUGAUCAAACAACUUAAUUUCUACGGGUUCUUCGGCAUCAUAGCAGCCUUCACAAUCAACAUAUUCUUAGACUUCAGGGGAUUCUCCCUGAUGGCUCUCAUAAUUUCGGCGAUCAUUCUGUUCAUCACUCUAUUCCUUCCCAGUUCACCUAAAGACUUCAUCAGAGCAAACAGGAUAGACGACGCUCUAAUACUCCUCAAUUACCUCAGAGGAAAAAAAGAUCACACCCAAGAAAUCAAGAAUAUACAUCAGGGUCUCUCUCAAAAAGAAGCUGAAUUUCUUAUACCGAUAAUGAGGGACAGAAUUUUACGCAACAAGCUCAUAAAGCUUGUUUCGAUGGUUUUCCUGCAGCAAUUUUCAGGCGCGCCAACAUCCUUAGUUUACUGUCAAAUUAUAUUUUCAGAAUCUGGCUGCCCCACUCCGGAGUACUGUGCGGUAAUUUAUGCUAUAAUUUUUUUUACUUCAAACGUGUAUGGCGCUUUUUACUUAUCGAGUUUGAACAAAAAGUGUACCUUGAUUUUAUCGAGUCUUAGUAGCGCGGCCAUGCUGGCGAUACAAAUUUUAGUUUUGUAUUUCGAAGUCAGCGAUAGAUGGCCUUAUGUUUCGCUUUUCGUGAUGAUAUUCUUCAUCACUUUUUACUGUUUAGGGGUGGGUACUGUACCGAGUACUUACAUCUCAGAGUGGUUCCCUGCCAAGUACCAACAGGGAAUUUCCAAUAUUUUCACUAUGGAAUUUUAUAUGUGCGCACUGGUAGCCACAAAAACGUUUCAAGUAUUCAUGUCUUCGAAUCCACUCUACGUAGGUUUUUUUCUAUUCAUUACGGCCGACCUUUUUUUGCUUAUAUUUGUCAUGAUAUUCCUAGAAAACGAUUGUGAUACUAGAAAAAAAUAUCUGAGAUCCAAUGGCUCUAACUUUUUGAAUGCCAAAGAUGGAAAACCUCAUCCUGUUUAGUGACUUAAUUUUAAUUCCAUCGAAUUAUCUGAAAUAUGGUUCGAUUUCAAUGAAAUUAUUUUAUUUUUAGAAUUGCGCUGCUGGCGGCGUUCUUUAAUAUCUUAUUGAAUUACCUCAAUUUUCAUUGGCCGAUUACUUAAAAUGAAAGUGAGAAGCAUAAAGUUCUUACUCCUGUUUUUUCGGAAAUUCAUUUUGAACAAUUUUCAUUACUGUUUACAGUGUUUACUUAGAAUAUACAUAAUGCAGAAGUAAAGAAAAAUUCCAACACAAGUGUAAAAUUCUUGAAGAAUUUUGUUUCAGGAAUAAAUAAUUGUGGAUUAUUGCUCUAAUGAAGAAAUCAUUUAUGAUUUUUUCAGUUAAAUCUGUAUCUUUAAAAUACCCUUUGUUAAGAGUUAUAAAAAAUAAAAAUAUUUUUUCAUCGG